AAGAGGGUAAAAGUAAACUCCCUUCCUCCUUUGGUUGCACAAAGCCAGCUGCAAUUGGAUACCUGUGGUGCCAGGAGACCUUUCCUUCCAUAGCUUUCCCCUUGUCGAUUUGGCUCAGGGCGUCGGUCGAUCUCCCAUCUGAAUUUCGAUUUCGAUCUUUGAGAGAUCUUUCGGUGUUGAAAGCUAUUGGGAUUUUCGAUGAGGAAGAGGGAGAGGGAGAACCCUUGCGGUGUUUGCGGUCAUUACCACCGGUACGAGGAGGGGGAGGUGUGCGGAAUCUGUGGCCACCGGAUUCCGGCGUCGGACGAAAAGACAAUCCAGCACGCGAGCGCUUUCCCGACGGAGAUUUGGAAGGACUUCCUCUAUCUUGGGAGCUACGACAACGCCUCGAGAGGGGAGUUGUUGAAGACCCUGGGUAUCUCCCGCAUUCUUAAUACUGUUCCUUCUUGUCAAAAUCUGUACAAGAAUUCUUUCACUUAUCACUGCCUCCCAGAUGACAAGAAUCUGCAGUUCGAUGAUGCAAACCAAUUUUUAGAGCAGUGUGAAAAGGACAAGGCUCGUGUUCUUGUACACUGUAUGUCAGGAAAAAAUAGAUCCCCAGCUAUUGUUAUUGCCUACUUGAUGAGAUCUAGAGGUUGGCGGUUUCCACAAAGUUUUCAAUGGGUGAAAGAUCAUAGGCAACAGGUUGAGCUGACUCCAGUUGUCCGGGAGCAGUUGAUCGAAUUUGAAAAGAAACUCUUUGGUUCCAAUGAAACCGUGGCAUCUUCAGCUUCAGAAAUGCCUGUUUAUUCUUCUCCUUUAGGUUUCAAUCUUGGGUUUCCUAAAACAACUGGAACUGCCCCAAUUCCCAUCUUCAACCAGGCCACAACCACCUCAAUCUUCCAACGCAAUGACGCAAACAGUGCACCCGGCGCCUUCGUGUUCGGAGCCGGAAGAACACCUGAGCAGAGAAUCAUGGAGAGUAAUGCAUUCAGUGCAGUGCCUCCUACUGGGACUGAAACCCCCAUGGACAGCUCUUGAACAGCUUCAGACUUUCAACUCAGCUACCAUACUUUGAAUGAGAUGACCUCAUCGAUAGAGUUUUUAUAUUGGUCCAAUGUGUCUAUCAAGGUUUCAAGGAAAGGAAAUUCUUAAUGUUGUUAUGGUGGGGCUGAUGAUACUAAAAUUGUAUUUUAUUUUGCUGUUUUACUCUUCAUGGAAGUAAAAUAUUCAUAAUCUGCAAAAUACAGCAAAAUUUUCUGUCCAUAUAUGUAUUUUUAAAAGUAUACUUUGUGAUUGUUUUUUUGUUUUGUUUUGUUGUUGCUGUAUAUUACUACUUUCAUUUGAUUUGCUGAUGCAAUUUUGGAAAUUUGUAGUCA